CCGCGCACAUCAGCGGUAAUCUUACAGAAAAAAAUGGCGGCCGUAGGCUCUAAGAGAAAGCGUUCGAUCAUAAAUUACAAGGAUUUGAAUGAAAUAUCGUGUGUUGUUUUGUAUGACACUGCCAGAAAAAGUAAAGGGAAGUUUUAUGAAGUGGAUAGGCUCAUUGAGAAGAGGAAAGUUGGCCAUAAAGAGGAGUAUCUUGUGAAAUGGAAAGGUUGGCCACUGCAAGCCUGCAGUUGGGAGCCAGAAGAUCACCUCACACCACCCUUAUUACGAACUUAUGAAAAGCCUGUCAAGCCGGAUAGCUACCGGUUAGAGGUGGCUGCAAGAAACUUCUACCAUGCCAUGCUAAGAGGUUUGAAAGGGAAGUCUUCCGCCCCUGUAGAUGUACAAAUUGACUUUGAUGUGCAGAGGUAUCUAUGGAGAGAUAGAGGGGUUGUAUCUGAACACCCUGGAUACAAACUUUACAAUAAAGAAGACUUCUUCUGUUUCACCACCCUUCCUGAGAUCUGGUGGUAUUACCUUGAUCUCCAUGGACAGGGUAAAGCUGUGGAUUUCCCUUUGAAAAUGAAACCCCUUUUAAGCUGGACUCCGGUUCAAUACACUAAAGAUAAUGGAAUGCUGAAGCAGGCACCACAAGCACCAGUUGAAAAAGUGAUAAUACACUUUUGCAAGAAAGCAUGCAAUAUUACAAAAUUGUGAAGCUAGUUAAUAACAGAAUGC